AUGGAACUGCUGGAAAACGGUCUUGAGCAUUGGAAAGCCAAGUUUAUAGAUGGCUUACCUCUAUUAUUUGUAGAAAGAUUUAAGAAAACUCUACGAAAUUCGCAAGGUGCUAUUCCUUAUGGCGCUUAUACUUAUGGUAAGCUUAUAGGAGCCUGCACUCAGGAAGGUUCUGAAACGGACAAACUUGAAACAUAUGGUAAUACCCAGUCUGCAACUAUCGAUGCUUGGCUUUUAAAAGAAGUUAAUGAUAACACGUUGCGUGAAAACAUUAUUCAGCAUGCUGCUAAUAUUAAGGCUAGCUCAUCUAAUGUUGUUGAAAAAUCAAAAAAUGAGUUUGAAUAUUCUGAUCCUUAUACUUUAUCUGAAGUCAAUAAUAGGCUUUCUAAACAGCAUGUUGUUAUUCGUGAUACUUCUUUUGAUGACCUAAAAGGAGAAAUUGAACAGUUGAAACAAGAGAUCAAAUCUCUUAAACAAAAUCAGAUUAUUUAUGAUCACCACCUUAGUCAGAUUGAGUCUGCUAAUAACAAGGGUAAAAAUAUUGUUGAAGAAAAUACUCUUGCAAAAUCUAUUAAUAUUGAUCCUAAACAAAAUAUGUUUUUAAGAAUGAUGUAG